AGAAAAACAGACCUGCACACUACAGGACCAGCAACAUGGAGAGAAUUUCCUUUGUGGUACUUGUUUUACACAUCUCCUUUAGUCAGGCAUCACAAGCCGUGAGCGCAGUGCAAGCGCAACGAAGGGAUGAGCUCAAACUGCCGUGCAACGAGAAGCAUGCAGACAGGACAGUGUGGUAUGGACAGAAGUGUAAUGAGCAUCCCUUCAUCAUCAUUGCCGUCAUUAGCAGAGAUCAAACUCAAACGAAUUCAAUAUUCAUUCAAGGUCAUAACUCAAGAUUUGAAUUGAAAUGGGAGUCAAAUACAGCGUCUUAUGGCCUGACAAUCAAGAAUUUCACAGACUCUGAUCAAGGAUUCUACUACUGUAGUGUAGGAGAUGGUAGUUACACAAUGAUUGCGUCUGGAUACACUGUGACCCUUGAAGAGGAGGUAAACACACCCACAGAGCCCUCAGUCACAGUAAAGGCAAGUGUCACGUUGCAAUUACGUGAAGAAAACGGACACCAGCAGUGGCAAAGAGAGGCUAUUUGGCCUUUAGUCUCUCUUAUCGUGUCUGGGAUAGUGUUAUUGGGUAUUUAUCAAAUACAAAAGCAACCGAAGAGGAAAAAGCAAAUAACACGUAAUGAAAUUAAGCAACAUGAAGGAGUUUACACAACAGUUUACUUCACAUCAUGCUGAACAGAAUUUCUUUUUUGCCAUCAAAGUGUUGGAAGACAAAGUUUCAGUGUUUCAGUGAACUUUUAAUAAAUGUGAGAUCAUUCAAGA